CGAUGAGAUUAGGAUCGGGCUGUGAGAGAAUGCCGAAUUGAGUUGCAGUCGCUGCGAGCACGAUCCCCGCGUAUUUGACGAUGACUAGUGUUCCAACUGAUGAUUUCCGGCUACCUCUUGAUGUCAAACCAAAGCAUUACGAUCUCACCAUCAAGACAGAUUUGAAUAAGGAUGUCUUCGAAGGCGUCGUGAAGGUCCACUUGGAAGUCAGAAACCAGACUUCUGCCAUUGUCCUGAAUGUGGCGGACCUGGAGAUUUCUGAUGUGGUAUUGCAUUCAUAUGCAUUGAAGAGCGAACAGUCGGACACAGCAAGGUCGUUCGACGCGAGAAGUGAACGAGGUAUCUUUUGUUUUCCUAACGUCCUGCCUGCCGCAUCCGAGGCUACGCUUUCCAUUAAAUUUACUGGAAAGCUUGCUGGUUCCAUGAUGGGGUAUUACAAGUCAUCUUUCCAACAUGAUGGUUCAACCAAAUCCUAUGCCCUUACGCAGUUUGAGCCUACUGCUGCAAGGCGUGCGUUUCCUUGCUGGGACGAACCUCUUCUCAAGGCUACAUUCGCAAUUACCAUGAUCUCUCGUGCUGGUACUAUCAAUCUGAGCAACAUGCCUGCGAUCUCGGAAGAGAUGUACACUGCAGGAGUGACAGACACCGAGGACAAGGCUCUUUCGGCGCUUCUCUCUAAGCUUAGUUUCCACAACGAGGAUCAAGACAAAGGUGAGUGGAAGAUCACGAGGUUCAUGACAACCCCACCAAUGUCGCCGUACAUCGUUGCGUUCGCCAAUGGAAAGUUUUCGUAUCUUGAGGGUUCCUAUAAGAGCCCCUUAAGUGGGUCUGUUCGUCCUCUCCGCGUCUACAGCACUCCGGACGUUAUCAAGCAGACGCAAUAUGCCCUCGAGGUCAAGGCUAAAGUGAUCCCGUACUAUGAACGGAUUUUCGACAUCGAGUAUCCUUUGCCCAAGUUGGAUACGUUGGUCGCACAUGAUUUUGACGCUGGUGCGAUGGAAAAUUGGGGCCUUAUCACUGGUCGCACGAGUGCUUUCUUGCUGGACCCAGACAGGGUGGACGUGGCUACGAAAAAGCGUGUCACAGUCUUCCAGUCACAUGAGGUUGCUCAUAUGUGGUUUGGGAACAUAACCACGAUGGAGUGGUGGGACUACCUAUAUUUGAAUGAAGGCUUUGCGACCUUGGUAUGUGAAGCUUGUAACCAGAUAUACCCCGAGUGGAAGGUUGAUUCUGAGUUCAUCUCCGAGAAUCUGAACGAAGCCCUCGAGCUCGAUGCUAAACUGUCUUCGCAUCCCAUCGAAGUUCACUGUCCCGAUGCGAACCAGAUCAACCAGAUUUUCGACUCUUUGUCAUACGCGAAGGCUGCCUCUGUACUGCGAAUGCUUUCCAACCACGUUGGGCAGGAGCGAUUCCUAAAGGGGGUUUCAAUCUACCUAAAGAAGCACUUGUAUGCAAAUACCGUUACCAAGGAUCUUUGGGAGGGAAUCAGUGAAUCAACAGGUAUCAACGUGUCCCAGUUGAUGGACAAUUGGAUCACAAAGACUGGCUUCCCAAUCUUGUCUGUCACGGAGACGAAGGAUGGCAUCCACGUUCGUCAAGAUAGGUUCCUCGAGACCGGACCGGCAGAGGAGAAGGAUAACCAAACCAUUUGGUUCGGAAAGCAAAAGGUUGACAACUUAGUUCUCGAUACGCGCGAAUCUUCGUUUAGCAUUAACACGGAGGGACAUUUCAAACUGAAUGCAGGUACAUUUGGUGUCUAUAGAGUGCAUUAUUUGGACGAACGGCUCUAUAGAAUAGCCCGUGAGGCAGCUGAGGGUGACAACGUAUUUUCCCUUAAUGAUCGCAUUGGGCUCGUGCACGACGCUAUGGCACUUGCGAAAUCUGGGUACGCAAGCGUCAGUAGUGCUUUAACCGUAGUUGAAAUCUUUAAGGGAGAGAAAGAAUUCUUAGUCUGGGAUUCUAUCUCGAUGAACCUGCACUUGUUGGUGUCUACGUGGUGGGAGCACGAAGACGUAACGCUUGGUUUAAACAAAUUCAGACGUGAUCUCUUCGUGCCCCUCGUGAAACGACUCGGAUACGAAUAUUCUUCGUCUGAUUCAAUUGAUAUCUCGCAUGUCAUCGUGGAGCUCCAGCGACGUUUCAAGCGCUAUAUGGAGAGUAGGGACCGUGCGAUGAUACCUGCUGACUUGUUCAGGAUUAGCAUCAUAACAGCUGUUAAAGAGGGCGGGCGAAAAGAAUACGAGUUCGCCAAGGCACUGUACGAAAAUCCAACUACACCCCCGUCAGAAAGUAUUUCUGCCAUGUAUGCCAUGUGCGCCAGCCAAGACGCGUCAUGCGUCAAAGAUACCUUCCCAUACAUCUUGAAUGGAGUGAGAAAGCAAGAUGUUAUUUACUUCCUUUUGGGCCUGCAGAGGAAUCAUCAGACAAGGCGCAGUUCAGCCAGCUUCGUCAUGAAUAACUUCUCUGAGCUCGAAAAGCGGUUUGAAGGCAAUUUCUCGUUCAAGGAUGUGAUUUCGGACACAUUUUGCAAUCUGAACACGCAGGCGGAUUAUAAGAGGCUUGAAGAGUUCUUCCAGCAAACAAUGGACACUCUUCGGGCGUCGAUUGCAUGGAUCAAUCGUUCCACCACGGAUAUUGUAGGUUGGCUGGCGAAGCGGGGGGUAUGAGUUGAUGACAUAAUGGAAUGGUGUAACAUGCUCUGUAUGGUAAAUGACUGUUAGCGGUAGCGUCGUGGCCAGAAAGACGAUA